AUGCAACAGGCUCUAGAAAGAGCUUUGGAUCGUGCGGAGUAUAUCAUUGCAAGUGCCCAACAGAGACCUCCGGAAAGGAAAUACCCAUCUAAUGGGGAGAAGUCUCUCUAUGAAAAACUUUAUGACAUUUAUGUUGAAGAAUGUGAAAAAGAGCCUGAGGUUACGGAGGAAUUAACAAGCAACGUGAACCUGUUAGAGAAGCUUCUUAGGAGAGAGUCGUUGCCGUGUUUGGUGGUCAACCUGUACCCAGGAAACGAGGGCUAUUCGCUGAUGCUCCAAGGGGAAAACGGAUCAUCUUCGGAGAGCAUCCGACUGCCCUAUGAAGAUGGGGGAUUGCUCGAAUACUUGGAUGCAGAAGAAUUACCUCCUGUUUUGGUGGAUUUCCUGGAAAAGUCUCAGGUUAACGUUUUUCAUCGUGGGUGUGUCAUAGCAGAAAUACGGGACUACAGGCAGUCCAGUGACAGGGAACCUCCCCAUUACCAAAGCAGGCAUAUUCUCUUACGUCCCACGAUGCAGACUUUAGCCUGCGAUGUAGAGGCCAUAGCCAGCGAUAAUCAGAAUUGGACCCAGGAGGACAAACUUCUGCUUGAGAGCCAACUGAUCUUAGCUACAGCUGAACCACUGUGUCUAGACCCUUCUGUGUCAGUAGUCUGCACUGAAAACAGACUGCUCUAUAACAAACAAAAGCUGAACACUCGUCCCAUGAAAAGGAACUUCAAGAGGUACUCUAUGGCCUCUCUGAAUCGGCAGCAGGAGCUGUCUCAUUGUCCACCUCCUCCUGAGCUAAGAGCCCUGACUUCCUGCAAAAAAAUAAGAGAAAGUAAAACAGGUGGGAAUUACGGCCUCAAAACUUUUAAAGCAGGAACUUGUGUAGAUAUGUGGAAACAGACACCCUGUGACUUGGCCGUACCUUCUCAAGUGAACGUGGAGAAAUAUGCUAAAGGGAAGAAGUCUGUCAGAUAUGAUGAUUCACAACCAACAGUCUGGCCAGUGCAUGAGGUACAAGGUGGUCUUGCAUUUGGAUGUGAGGCUGGCUACCAGUCCCAGGCAACAAGGCUGACAGCCAGGCAGCUGACUGAUAAUUCACUUGCCUCUGGAAAAGGGUCCGGUAGAGAAGCCAUGUGGGAGAGACAGCUGGCUCCCCCCGACUCCUCCGCAGAUGGCCAUCCCUACAGUUUCCUGCCCGGGCCAAAGACUGAUGCUGGGAGAGUGGUCAGUCGGCCCGAGGAGUCGGUCCAGAAGAGCACCCAGUGUCCAGUGCAGAUGUCACACAGCUCCAGUGGCUCAGCCGGUCUCAGGCAACCUUCUCCAGGGAAAGAACCAGAACAGCCUAAGACUGGGGGGGUUCAGUCUUCAGUGCCCGUCAGAGGAGCCACACAUCCACCUCCACCCAUGAGACUUCCCUGGUGCUCAGGAAGGAGCUCCUGCGGUGACAGUCUCACUUCACAGCAGGCAGGCAGCUUUCAGGCAUGUGCAUCUCCUGGCCCUGCUCCUAAGCCACCAGGUCUUUCCCAGAAAUCCUCUGUGGAGCUGACCCCAGUUAGCAUGCUUCCUGCCACCGCCCUGUCCACUGCGGGCUCAUCACAGACGACCCCGGUCGCCUGGGGCAGGGUCAUCUCCAUUGGCCCGAAGUUCACCAGAGUAGUGGGCCCCAGUCUCGGAGGCCAGGCCUCGGGGAGAGGCUGUGCCACCAGGGCCCCAGCUCCCGGGGGGAUCCAGCUGGGCCACCUGCCCGCAAGACUGCUUUUGAAAAACGCUUCGGAUCUCAGACCCUUUGCUGUGGUGCCCCACGGUUCGCUCCUGGGGAGCAGCCAGCAGCGGGCCCCGCAGCCGCGCCUCUCCCAGCUGCUUCCCGUGCAGUGGCCCUGCGCCCCGCCUCCUCGGCUGCCGGCAUCCCAAGGUCCGGGGACACGGGGUGCGGGGGUACAGGGUCCGUGGGUACAGGGUCCGUGGGCACAGGGUCCGUGGGUACAGGGUCCGGGGGCACAGGGCGCCGCCGUUCCCAACACGGUCGUGCGUGCCCAGCAAGCCGUGGUCGUUCAACUCCGUGCAGUUGACCGUUUCCUGCAGCCCCGGGCGCUCGUGUUUUCCCCGCCGGGCUCUGGCCGGAGCCGCCCCGGGCUGAGACCCCCGCAGCAGAGGGGCUGGGCCUUGCUGGCCCCGCGGCCCCAGGUUCAGUUGCCCGUGCAACUGCGCUCCCACGCCGCCCCCUCGGGGCCCGCAGCCCAGCAGGCAGGCCGCGGGGACCGCGGAUAG